AGUUUAUUUAAUGAAAGAUAUAUCUCAUAUACAUUUAAGAACCCUAAAGAAAAGUGCAUUUGUUAUUGAAAAAUCGAAACUUAAAACGAGAGGAAGGAAGAGAGAUGCAAGCAUCACAUCAACAGCCUCAACAGGAGAAAAGAAAAAUAUCACAGUCCGGUGGUCAACAGGAAAGGCCAUCGAAAAAGAAAGUUGCACUGCACGUCUCUCCAAUGAAAACAUCGAAAAUGAUCGAAACAAGUCAAGAUGGUCGUGUGUAUGAAGGAAAGAGAGGAACACCAUGCAAAAUUGAAGUCAAUUAUUUGGAGAUUCUCAUUCAUAAUUUAAAGCCUCAUGCUUUUCAUUAUGACGUUACUUUUACUCCUGACGUUCCCAAGAAAAUGUUGCCAAACGCUCUCGAAACUUUCAUGAAAAUUCAUUUUCCAAAAAUUUCUUACGCUUUUGACGGACGAAAAAGUUUCUACACAAUCAAUGAAAUGUCAAGUGACAAAGAAGAAGUCUUUGAACAAGAAGUAAAAGCUAUUUUGGGAGAUCGUCAAAAGGAUUUUAAAGUCAAAGUAAGGUUCGCAGCUAAGAUUGAAAUGAGUGUCUUAAAGAAUUAUCGAAAGCCUGAAAAUCAGUACAACGAUAAGCCAAUGCAUGCUGUCCAAUGUCUUGAUGUUAUAUUUCGAACAGCUUUCAAUUCUUUAAUUAAUUCAAAUGGAGCUACGCAAGCUGGAAGAACUUUUUAUUUUGCCCAAAGCCGUCCAUUGUUAUUAGGCAAUGGUUUGGAGUUGUGGCUUGGACUCUUCCAAUCGGCUGUCCUUGGACGUGACGCUUUGUAUUUGAAUGUUGACGUUGCUCACAAAGCUUUUCCUUCUUCAAUGUUAUUGAUUGACUUGAUUAGAAGCUUUGACAGAAACAAUCAACUGCCAAGAUAUUUUGAUGAUCGUUUAAUUAGACAACUUACGGAAUUUCUGAAAAUGUUGAGUGUCGGUUAUCGUCCUAAUCGAAAUCAACCAGGAAAAACUUAUGGUUUCAAUGCAUUGAAGGGACCUGCCAACAGAGAAACAUUUGUUGAUGAAAGUGGAAUAAAAAUGACAGUCGAGCAAUAUUUCCGAAUGAAAAAAGGAAUCAAAUUACAAUUUCCUGAUUUUCCUGUUUUAUGGGUUGGUUCUCGUGUUCGUAACAUUUGCCUUCCUAUGGAAUUUUGUGAAAUUCCCGCUGGACAAGGAACAAACAAAAAGUGCACACCAAAUGCUGUUGCUAAAAUGAUAAAAUAUUCAGCAACAUCAACAGACGAACGAAAGAAGAAAAUUUUGGAUCUUUUAAGUAAAAUUAAUUAUCAGAAACCGCAAGGAGAGAUUCAAGGAUUUGGCUUGGAUAUUGCUUCGAAUUUCAAUAAAAUUGAUGGACGAAUUAUUGAACCACCCAAACUUAAGUACAAGGAUCAAACAGUUGGACCUGAGAGAGGUGCAUGGCGUGGUGAAAAGUUCCUUGAAUGUGGAAAACCUGUUAAAUGGGCAAUAAUCAAUUGUGAUGAUCGAACGUCAAUUCAAGAAGUUAUGAAUUUAAAAAGAAACAUUUUGAAUGAGUCUCGACGAAUGGGAAUGAUUUUGGCCCAUUCAAAUGGCGAUAACGACUACUUUAAACCCAGAAAAUCAUCGCGUCGUUUUGAUGAUGAACUUAAUUGUUUGGUAGAUUCACUUGAAGAUUGCAAAAGAAAUGGCUAUGGAAUCGUUUUUGUCAUCAUUGUUGACUUCAAUGAUUGUUAUGCUAAAGUCAAACAGGCUGCAGAAUUGAAAGUUGGAAUUCUCACUCAAUGCAUUAAAGCAAACACGAUUUUCAGAAUGGGAAAAGGAAAUCCAAUGAUGACAAUCAACAACAUUUUACUGAAAGUCAAUGCAAAGCUAAAUGGAAAGAAUUAUGAAGUGAUUGAAAGAUCUUUUCAUUCAUUUAAUGAAGUGAACAAUGGCGUAAUGUUCAUUGGAGCUGAUGUUACUCAUCCAUCAAUUGACCAAAGCGACAUUCCAAGCGUUGUUGGAAUUGCUGCAAGUUAUGAUGAAGUUGGUUUCAGAUAUCAAUGUGCUUGGCGUUUACAGCAACCAAAGGAGGAAAUGAUUAUCGAUUUGGAAGAUAUUUUGGUGGAACAAAUUAAAUUUUAUUUCAAGAAAAAUGGAAAACUUCCAGCAAAGCUGAUGUACUAUCGUGAUGGUGUGUCAGAAGGACAAUUUACUGAGGUUUUGAGAAUUGAAAUGACUGCAAUUGGUGCUGCAAUGAAGAGAAUUUAUGGAACAAAACCUCAAGCUGAGGUGACAUUUAUUGUCGUACAAAAACGUCAUCAUACUCGAUUCUUCCCAACACAAAAACAAUUCAGUGAUGGGCGAAACAAUAACGUCCCAGCUGGAACUGUCGUGGACAAAAGCAUUGUUCAUCCAUUCCAGUAUCAAUUUUUCCUUUCUUCACAUGUAGCUAUUCAAGGUGUGACAAAGCCGACCAAAUAUUGUGUUCUUGUGAACGAAUCAAAAAUCUCUCCAGAUGAUCUUCAAGCCAUCACAUUUGACUUGUGUCAUUUGUUUACACGAUGCAAUCGUUCAGUUUCAUAUCCUGCUCCGACGUACUACGCACAUUUGGUGGCAGCCAGAGGCAAACAAUACACAAUUGGAAGUAAAUUGGAAAUGAGCUUGCUGAAUCAAGAGUAUAAAAAUCGAAUUCUUCAUCCGUUUAUUACGGUUGAGUGCCCAAUGUUUUUCGUUUAAUUCACAAUUCUUGAAGUUUUCACUUAAUUAAAGCAAAAAUAAUAUCAAGUCAACUUGAUCUGACAAAACUUCACAAAAUUUUCUUUAAAUUCAUCAAAUAAUUGAAAAGCUUAUCAAAAGAAAAUAUUUUUAAGAUAACUUUAAAAUAUAUCAAUGAUUGCGAUAAUCAUUUAAAAUUUCAAACAUUUUUCACAUGAUAUUGAAUAAAACAAAUAAUAUUGAGUCGUAAGGAAAUCAAAAUUCUUUCAACUUUUUUCUAAGUAUUUCCAGCUAAGCAAUCAAAAUUUUAGAUUUAAACUAUCAAAAGAUGAUUCCUGAAUUGAACAAUUGAAUCUUUUUAAGACAAAUUGCGAUCCCUUCUAAAGAUUCUCUGUUUAUU